AUGGGGGUGUGUUUAGCUGUUAUAUCUAUAACUGUUAUAAAAUUUUUAAUAUCCGCUUUAAAUCUUCUUGAACAACAUUCGCAUCAACACCGAAUCUCGCACCUGGCGACAACCAGCGGCUCCUGCCGCCCGUACCAGGACCUCAGCUUGCCGAAGGUGCCUUGCAGGACGCUCGCCGCGACGACCAGGGCGCCCAAGCUCACCGCGAUCCGCCGGACUCCGGCCGACACAGACAGCGACAUCUCGGCGCGAGCGCUGCCCUCCAAGACCGAUCACAUCUGUAAAGGUACUGAUACUGAUGGAAUGGUCCGAUGGCCGAUCGCUGACGGUAAGUGGCAAAUGCCAUUCCAGAAUUUGAACAUCGUGAUCCUAAGAUUGAACACUUGGUCCUCUUCUCUGGCGCUGAUGUUGAAAACGUAUUCGUAUAUGAUCAAUUUUAGGUUAUCGCUGACAAAUAGCAAUAUCACUCCGCUGAUACCCAACAUUUGCAAGCCGUAUAUAUUGUUGAACGCCGAAAUUCCCUUCAGCAGCGAACAUAAACAGUUAAAGUGCCUGCUACCCGAAUGA